AUGCUUGUUUCGUCUUUUUUCUUGGCCCUAGGCGCAAGCGCCAUCACGCACGCACAUGGUAUCCGGGUCGAACGCUCAGAAAACCGCCUCAUUAAAGGAACCGCUUCCCCAGAUGGCGCUUCUUCGUCCUCUAUGGAGCCAGUGUGGCAUGCGAAACAACAAGGCGGUGGACUGAUGAAGUUGGACUUUCAUCGAUUGAUCCAGCGCCGAGACACCAGUUCGGCGGAUACCGGGACCUCAGCAGACGCUACGAGCACGGCAACCAAAGAUUCCUCAGUGGUAGAAACCACUGAAAAUGAAGCUACGACGACAGCUGAGGCUGGAAGUACCACGCUUGAAACAACCGAUUCUGCGACGGAGGCAUCCACUACAGAAGAAAGCUCCUUGUCAUCAACAACCACAACCUCAACGUCGACCUCAAGUAUAGCAUCAUCGACAAGCACGACCUCAACUUCCACGGAACCCGGCGCCUCCUGCUACAGCACGACAGUCAAGAGCAGCACCAUCUGUGAAACAACAGGGUUCACCACAUUGACGUGUUAUGCUGCGAAUAUAACCUCGAGCACAUGUUCUCCAGGACUUCUAUGCACGACCCAGUCAAGCAACGGAGUUACAGUCUGCAUGGAACUCCAGAAUGAAGUUGGUACAGCUGGUAUUAUCAUAGCUUCUGUUUUCUCGGCACUUAUACUUAUUUGUACUUGUACCCUUAUUACCAUGUGCUAUAGAGAUAAGAGCAAGCAGAGAAGGCAGGAGGAGUUGAGACGGGUGAGAUCUGUCAAGAUUGCUGAGAGGGCUACUUUGAUGCAGCAUGCGAGGUAG